AUGUCAACCAAAAAACCUCAAGAAUCUAUUGUAAAUAUUGAAGAUGAAGGUGGAAAAGUAAAAGAGCGAUAUUUAGCUAUUAGUCCAAAUGGUGAUUUUGUAGUGGAAUUUGUAUUAUUGUCAAGUGAAUCGAAAUUAUGGGAUUUACAAUUAUGCAUGUAUAAUGUUGAGGAUUCUAAAAAAAAUAAAGAUUUGGAUAAGAUAAAAGACGAAUUGGAUCAGAUAAAAGACGGAUUGAAUCAAAAAAAAGAAGAAUUGAAUCAGAAAAAAGACGACUUGAAUCAGAAAAAAGUCUACACGUAUCAGAAAAUUGGGCUAUCAUACAGAAAUCUUUCUGAAAAUACUGCAUCUAUAAAUAAAUUUACAAAAGAGCAAUCUGAUUUGAUUAAUUAUUUAAAUGAAUCUAGAAACAAACUGAGUUGGUCUGUUGCUGUGUCAGAUAGACUCAAGUUACGUAAAUCAACUGUUAGAUUAUUAGCAAUAUCUUAUAAUUCAAUUGGAGAAGAAAUAUUAAGGCUAGAUAAAUAUGGUGGAAUAGUUAAAUUAUUUUCGAAAAAUGAAGUUGACAAAAAGACGGAUAAAGAUGGCCAAAAUACCGAUAAAAAUACCAAUGAAGAUAAUUAUCAAACUAUAAAUAAAUACUUUCUUAUUAUUUUAAAUGUCUCUGGGAUUUAUAAACAUCACCUUGAACACUUAAAUAAACCUACUUGCAAAAUUCAAAGUUUAAAGCAUUAUUUCGAACAGUUAUAUAAACAUACUAACAAAUUUCAAAGUUUUUAUUAUCCAAAGCGAAUAGAUAAAGCCUUUGAAUAUAACGGAUUUUCGGCUGAAUUUAAUAUGAAAUAUAUUAUAAGAUGUUUAACUAAACAUUAUUUUUUAGUAGAUACUACAAAUGAGGGAGCACAAUAUAUGGAGCUAUAUGACUUAAAAACGAACCAGUUAGUAAAUACCUUUAAGAGGAGAAAUUUAAACAGCUUAAAAAAUUACAUACUAGAUAUUUCUGAUAAUUUUGCAAUAUCACAUAAUAACAAAUUAUUAGCGUAUAAAUCUGGAAAUCAGGUCAAAUUAUACUUGACUGAAUGUGGACUUGAGAUUGCUUCUAUAAAUCUUGAGGAUGGCAAAUCUGUUUAUGACUAUUUCAUGCAUUUCUUUAACAAUGAUGAGAGAUUAUUUAUAUACCAGUCAAAAAAUAAAUGGACUAUUUGGGAUAUUUUCGGUUCAGUACAAAAGUCAAUUAAACUCGAAAAUCAACUUGAUCUUGAUCUUAAAAUUUUAGGUAUUCUGAAUGCAACUAAUUAUCGAUUGGAACGAUCAGACUCUAUUAUAAUCGUUUUUAAAAACAAAGAAGAAAAAGAAUUUUCCGAAGAUAAGCAAAUUUAUGUUUAUGAUGAUUUAAUCUCAGAUUAUGCGUGUUUAAACCGAAAAAGCGACAAGCAUGAUUUGACGACACUACCGCUAGACAAAAGCUUUACAGAUACAGGCAAUAAUAAGCUUUUUAUAUUUGAUCUUGAUAAUCACAAAUCAGAAUUAGAUGGAUAUUAUUAUAUAAUUGAGCCUUGGGUUCAUUGGCUUGAGAAAGGGGCUCCACGAUAUUCAGUUUAUCUCGACAAAGAAAAGGAAGUUCUACUUUUAAUCGGAUGGGAUACAAUUCAGGUUUGGUAUGAUCGAGCUAAAGAUAAAAAUGAUCAAGCUAAAAAAAGAACCCUUGAAUUCAUUAGUGUGAUUGAUAAUGAUGGCGUUAAAAAAAUCGAAUAUUCAAUUAAAAAAUUUAAAAUUACCAAAGAUUCUCAACUCGUAAUUGAAAUGAGAGAUGAUGAUGACUUAAUCUUUGCUGUAAUAGAAGCUUGUCACACACUUAAAUUUUUGAAAAAACAAGCAGAUGAAGUUGAUUAUUUUUCAUUAUCCGAUGAAGAUCGCUAUUCAAAAUUUCAAAUGAUAAUCAAACAAACACGAAAUAUUAUUGUAAGAUUUAUUCAAUUAUAUCCGACUACUUGGCGAUUAUUGGAUGUUCGCUAUGAUUUAUUGAGUAUUCUCAAUGAAGCGGAAGAAUAUCUGCUUAUAAAAUAUGUAUUAUUCAAAGAAGAAAAAGAUAUCGAUUCUUCUAAAAAAUGCAUUCUUAAAACUCUUGAUUAUUUAGUAUCCAAAUUUGAAAAAAAUGAAAAAAAUGAACAUUCGCAUAUAAAGUUAGAUCAGGAUAUUUUAUUACAUGAGGAAUCACUUCGUAUGCCCCAAAAAUCUUCAUGGGAAGAUAAAGGAAAAGCAAAAAAUACAAUUAAUAAGGCCCUUGAAGGAUAUUUAUUAGAAUAUUAUUCUAAUAAAGCUGUCGAAGAUAUUAGGUGGAUGAUUACAGUUGAUGAAAUUUUACCAAAGCUAUAUAAAAAGAAUAAAAAUGGGAAUAGAAAUGGGAAUAAAAAUGAGUUUUAUAAGUCGUAUCAGCUAUUAUUUUAUAAACGUUGCUUUUGUGAAAAAGAAUUGGAUAUACCCUUUUUUGACUUUUUUGCAAUUCCACCAAGCACAGAUGAUUCUUUAGAAGUUUUUAUACCUAUAACACAAUUGAUUCCACAGGAUUCUGUUUUGAAAGUAGAAGAAAUCAGCCAUGAUAAAGCUCCUGAUGUUAAAAUGGUACCCUUAAUUGAUUUUGUAACGAAUGAUAAGAAAUUUAUAGGAAACAAAUUCGUGCAUUAUCUAAAAUCUUUAAUCCUUCCCAAUAAAUAUUUACCUCAGAGAGAGUGCUCUAUUCCUUUUAUUUCUCUUAUAGAUAAUGUUGCAUAUGAUCAUAAUGAUCCUUUCUACUUUAACCCAUCCAUAGAAGCCAUUAUGAAUUUUAUGUGGUAUUCGUCCAAACCACAUUGGCUCAAAUCAUUAGUCAUUUUUAUUAUAUACUUUUUAUCUUAUUCGAUUAUUUCUUGGAUGUAUAUUGCACACUUUCAAGUUACCGAUGAUUUUCAGAAAAUUCUGUUGCUUUUUACCAUUAUGCUAUUUUUUUAUUUAGCCUAUCAUCAUUUAAUAGUUGAAUUUAACCAAGUGUUCUAUAAAACAUUGAAGAAAUAUUAUAGUGAUCCUUUUAAUUGGGUAGAUCUGUUUGCACUUUUAUUGCCAGUUUCUAUUUCUGUUAUUUUGAUUAGAUAUUAUACUUUUGAUAAUGGGUUUAAAUAUGCUAAAAGUAGCUUAAAUUUGGCAUUUUUAAUUUUUAUAAGUAUUUUAGGUAUUUGGUAUGAAUUCGGGCAUGCAUUAUUUCUUUUUCUUGGCUAUGCAUCGUACAUUGGAUUAAGUGAAUCUUCAGAAACAUUCGAAGUUCUUAAUGGAAGUAAUAUAGUUUAUAAUAUGACUGAAGAAGAACCGGAAGAUAUAUUUACAAACCCUCUUAAUUCUAUAAUUGCUGCAUAUAAUUGGGGUUCAAUUUCAUUAGAUGAUUGGGGAUUUUGGCCUCUUCUUAUAAUCAGCGUGAUUGGUAAUAUCGCUUUUGUCAUUAUAUUACAAAAUGUUAUUAUUUCAUUUAUGAGUGCAGCUUUUGAGAAUGCUGAUAAAAAUGGAAAACGCGUUAUUCUCACUUUUCAAAGUCGUUUAAUUUAUGAUUAUGUAAAUCUUGAAAAUUCUGCUUUUACUUCAGGAAUGAAUUAUUUUGAUACUAGGCUUAAAGAUAAAUUAAGAGUGAAGUAUAUAUGUUUUUAUAAUGAGCCGUUAAUUAGAAAAGCAUGGAGAGAUGAAUCUAAAGAAUGGGAAUCAAGUCCAAUCUAUUCAAACGUUGAAGGUAAAAUGCAAAUAGAAGAUGAAAGCGAAUUAUUUAUUGAAGAAGAAGACAUUAAUUUUAUUUGGACUUCAGCAGAAAAAAAGUCAGGAGAAACAACAGAAUAA